GCCUGGACCCCCGCAACUGCAGCACUGAUUUGACUCCAGACUAUUCUAUGGAGAGUCAUCAGAGGGAUCACGAGAACUUCCUGGUUGUGUCUCGGAAUCGUCGAAGACGAGCCAAAGCUUUGCUGGACUUUGAACGGCACGACGAUGAUGAACUGGGCUUUCGGAAGAAUGACAUCAUCACAAUCAUCUCACAGAAAGAUGAGCACUGCUGGGUUGGAGAGCUGAACGGCCUGAGAGGCUGGUUUCCUGCAAAAUUUGUGGAAGUCUUGGAUGAACGAAGUAAAGAGUACUCUCUGGCUGGAGAUGACACUGUAACGGAGGCAGUGAAUGACUUGGUCAGAGGCACGCUGUGUCCAGCUCUUAAGGCCAUCUUUCAGCAUGGCCUGAAGAAGCCCUCCAUACUGGGAGGACCCUGUCACCCCUGGCUUUUCAUUGAGGAGGCAGCCAGCAGAGAAGUGGAAAGAGACUUCAACUCUGUCUACUCUAGACUGGUGCUCUGCAAGACAUACAGGUUAGAUGAAGAUGGGAAGGUGCUCACACCUGAAGAGCUUCUAUACAGGGCAGUGCAGUCUGUCAACAUGAGCCACGACGCUGCACACGUUCAGAUGGACAUCAAGUUUCGCUCGCUCAUCUGUGUGGGCUUAAAUGAGCAGGUGCUGCAUCUGUGGCUGGAGGUCUUGUGUUCCAGUAUGAGUGCUGUGGAGAAAUGGUACCAUCCCUGGUCCUUCCUGCGCAGUCCUGGCUGGGUUCAGAUAAAGUGUGAACUCAGAGUUCUUUCAAAGUUUGCCUUCAGUCUUUCCCAAGACUGUGAGCUGCCUACCAAAAAAGAGGAGAAGGAGCAGAGGCCUCUGAAGGAGGGAGUUCAGGACAUGUUGGUGAAGCAUCACCUCUUCAGCUGGGAUAUCGAUGGCUAACCUAUCACACGCUUCCUGUGAGCUGCAAACACCUAGACCAAAUCACUCUCCAUCUGCAGAAAAACAGGGAUCACGCGUGAAAUUCAUGUUCAUUCGUUGUACAGCUUUAUGUCACAUGGCUGAAAUGGUGAGUGUUUGUGUGUCUCGGCACAAUAGUUUCACUUUUUGUGACUCUUACAAGAGUCCGUCUGUACAAAGGAGGAGUUCUUUGCCAAGAUUUCACACAGAAUCAGACUAAGGACUGCCUGAAAGCGCUUCCUCUCCUCCGAAGCUGAAUAAAUGUUACACCAUUUGGGGCACGACUAGAGUGGUCAUGAAUUAAAGUAGGAUUUGCACCCUUUUGUUCAUUUACUCUCAAGUAGUCUUGGCUGCUGGUGACAUCUGGAUAGUGGGAAAGAGUCCAGCUCUUGCGCUCCUGAGGGAUUGUCUUGAGCUAAUUCAGUGUCUGGAGGAUCACAUUUGUGUCAGACAUGCGCAAUUUAAAGAUUAAACACAUUUUCAUUAUCUUCAGACGACUUUCCAAGUAUGAUUGUUCCCAAAAUAGCUUAAUAAUUAAAAAAAUAUCCUGUGGGUACCACCCUCACAUCCAGUUACAUCCAUGGCAGACUAAAAGAUGGCCGUUGACAGAGAAACCGAUUGACUGCAGUCAGUGUGUUCAGGCCGCAGCAUUAAAACAGUUGACUGAAUCUGCCUCAACACGAAGGGCACCGCUGAUUCAGUGUUGAUGGUGUAGCAAUGAAUCGGCUUUGUGUUACAUAUUUUGCUAUUUCUCAUAAACCGUGUAUAAUAAAGAGAAGACUAGUAUUUAGCUGCUUUUUUUUUUUGAGAUAGAAGUGAAACAGAAGCAGGUCCAGUGCCACUCUGAAGAAGAGCUGUGUGUGUCUUCUCUGCGAAAGCCUGCAGUGGCACAAUUAGAUGUUUGAGUAAAUGAAAGAAAAAGGGUUCAUUUUAUAGUUCUUGUAAUUGGUAGACAUGGUUGUUUUGAACCAAAAAUUAGUCUGUAAUGGUUGAGCAUGACCAAACUCGCAGGGCUUUAGAUCAUAUCCACGAUCACUGAUUAUAUGUACCUAAAUAAAAAUCUAUAUCUGUAAAAA